CGGAAGUGGAUUUUUUCUGUUGUCACAAUGGGCAGAGACCACACAGGUGAAACACUACCUGGGUGACUUGUGAGGAAUAAUAAUAGGACAAUGGGAUUACAAGACUAAGAUGGCGAGUAAAUAGCAGCAGGCUUUCUUAAAACCCACCGCACCCCCAGCUGAAAACACUGAUUUUUGUAGCCUGGCUGCUGGGUUACGUCGCCUUCCUGGUGUCCAUCAGGAAGAUGUGGACGGGGAAAUACGUCCGAAGCCCGCUCGCCCGUUCGCUGUUUAUGAACAUGGCGAGCGAGAACGAAGCGGACGCAAUUGAGAAGCAAGAGUGGUACCAGUGCGGACCUGACCUGCUUGGAGAAUCAGUGCGGCCCCACUUUGUCCAGAGCCACCUGGACUCCGACACCAAGGCUUUUCUCAAGCGGAGCAUGGAGAAGUCUGGCUGGCUGUUCACUCAGCUCUACCACUCGUUCAUGUCAACAGUCCUCGGCCCGCUGGUCUCACGCACUUCUAUUAAUGGGUUUCUGGGGCGUGGGUCCAUGUUUGUGUUUUCUGCGGAGCAGUUCCAGCAGCUGCUCCGGAUCGACCCCGAGUGGAGGGCAGAGAGGCUCCUGGACCUCGGAGCCGGGGACGGGGGUGUCACGGAGGUGAUGGGUGCCUAUUUCAGAGAGGUCUACGCAACCGAGGUCUCGCUACCCAUGAAAUGGCAUCUCCAGAGGAGGAAUUACAAAGUGCUGGAUAUCGAUGAGUGGCAUCAGACUGGUUUCCAGUAUGAUGUGAUCAGCUGUCUGAACCUGCUGGACCGCUGCGACGAUCCUCUGCAUCUCCUGCGGGACAUCAGGCUGUCGCUGGUUCCCAACACGGGGAGACUCAUCCUGGCUGCGGUGCUUCCCUUCCAGCCUUAUGUGGAAGUCGGAGGAAGAUGGCAGCGUCCUAAAGAACACGUUAAAAUAAAAGGAAAAACAUGGGAGGAGCAAGUAACCAACUUGUCCAAUGAGGUUUUCCGGAGGGCGGGGUUUGAGGUGGAAGCCGUGACCCGAUUGCCGUACCUCUGCGAGGGGGACAUGUAUAACGACUACUACGUUCUUGAUGAUGCAGUUUUUGUUCUCAAGGCCUCAGAGGAAAGUUCAGAGUCUGCUUGAAUACCAAAUGCAACGUUGAACUAUCGGAGAUCCCGCCAACCUUAUCUGUGUACUGUCAGGUCACUCCUGGAAGGAUUUUAGUGCAAUUUUCAUAUGCGUCAUUCAUAAAACACAGUAUUUCUGACGCUAUUUCUUUACAACGGUGAGGCAGCUGUGAAGCUCAGGUACUGUAGUUCCUACAUUUACCAGCUAUCUUGUGUGACAGUGAUACUUCUACUUUUAAAGCAAAAAAACAACUGAUUGGCAGAUUGCCUGUAUUUAAAUGCCACUGAGGAUCCAAUCCUCUAAGACUUGUCACUAUGCUGUAGGUGUUCUGUUAUCCAUGCAAAGGGUUACUGUUAUUAUUUCAUCAUUCUGGAAUGAGAACAAUCCUGUACUUAUAUUUCACUUUGUAAUGAAAGGAAUCGGUGUACUUGAUUUAACCAUUGGGAAUUGAACUUCUUGUAUUGCAAUGCAUUUUUUUAAUUCUUAUUUUUAUAACUUUUACUGCUAUUAGUGAUGACAAAAAUAAUAUGAGGCCUUUUUAAAGCGAGCCUAUGUAAAUUAUAGGUUAGCAUUGUGUUUAAAGCUGCAUUAAUUGAUUUCUUCACCACUAGGGGACAGUGCAACAAGUUAAAACGUACAGUAUUUUGAUGAAACAAUUACCUAAAUACAUAUACAGAAGCAACAUUAACGUGUGAAAGCAUCACCGUAAAAAUACUGUAUAUUGCUGGUGGGUCAGCUGAUGUACUGUGUAGAACACUGAAGUAAAUAUCAGUAAAAUAAUGGCAACCAAGCAGUAGUUUACUAUAAUUAAAAUGUUUUUACAGUUAUUUCUUAACUUUUGUCGGUGCUGGAGUUUGUCGGUGCUGGAGUUUGUCGGUGCUGCUGGGACCAACUUGGAAUAUGCGCUCGCUACGGGAAGGGGCUAUUAUUGAACCCGUCCUUGCUUAUUAAAAUGGAAUCUUGAGCAUAAAUGUUAUGCAAAAGACUUGUUAAUUACACUACACUACAAACGCUAAAAGCAACCCCUUUUAAAUGACAUGUCAUUUGACCCAUUGUUUAAAUGACAAAUGCUGAUUAGUGCAUUUUCAAAGCUAUAAAAUAUUGAAGCUGUAGUAGAAGAAAUGUCAAACAGCAAUAUAGUUAUAGUUUACCAACAUUUUUUUACUUUUGAAUUCCAUUUUUUUGUUGUAAGAAAAUAUAUUAUUCAGUCUUUUAAUAGUUACAUGGUCUUGCUUUAAAUCAAUCUUGCACAAAUGCACUAUUAAAAAACGUCCCACAAUUAAUGCAACAUUUGUAUUGAAAGAGUAUCAUAUGGGUCCCCAAA